AUGGGAUCCGUCACUGAAUUUGUGAAUCCCAUCGUCCCGGGGUUCGCCCCCGAUCCUUCAGUCAUUUUCGUCGACGGGACCUUCUUCCUUGCAACGUCGUCGUUUCACGUCUUUCCUGGAUUGCCCAUAUAUGCGUCCAAAGACUUGAAGACAUGGAGCCACAUUGGAAACGCCCUCAAUCGGCACUCACAACUCAAGCUCAGGGGCGCCGCUACACUCCGCAUGCCGUUGGACACGGGCUACUCCAUGGUAGCAUCGAUGGGAAUCGUGGCGCCGACCCUGCGAUAUCGUAGAGGAACUUUCUACAUCGUCACCACCAAUGUGGUUGUAGACGAAUCGAAUCCGGACAACAUGUCCAUCGAAAACUUCUUCAUCCGCACCAACGACAUAUGGAGCAACGAAUGGAGCGACCCCGUCUACUUCGACUUUAAUGGCAUCGACACGAGCCUCUUCUUCGACGACGAUGACCGCGCCUACAUCCAAGGCUGCUGGAUGAUCCGCCGCGACCGUCAGCCCACUUGCACCAUCAAACAGUUUGAGAUCGACAUCGACACAGGGAAACCCCUCUCCGACACGAAGGAGAUCUGGCCCGGCUAUGCCAAGUACGAUACGGAGGGUCCGCAUAUUUACAAGGUCGGUGGUUGGUAUUUCCUCAUGGCGGCCGAGGGCGGCACCUUCGAACACCACAUGCUCAGCAUCGCCCGGUCGCGGGACAUAUGGGGCCCUUACGAGACGUGGGGGGACAACCCCAUCCUGACAGCCGACGGGAAGGACGAGUAUAUCCAGAACAUCGGACACGGCGAACUGUUCCAGGAUGCGGAGGGCCGGUGGUGGGCCGCGGUACUGGGGGUGCGCAAACAGGUCGACGGCACCCAUGGACUCGGCCGCGAAUCGUUCUUGGCGCCGGUCGAUUGGCCCGAGGGCGGGUGGCCGACGGUACGCCAGCCGCGGAUGAAGUUUACGAGGGAAACCGUGCCGUCGCUGGCCGCGGGUGCCGAGGGGAUGUCGCUGGCGCCGCCGCCUUUCGUUGAGGACCUGUACAUUCGCGACCACGACGCAAGCAAGUACCGCUAUGCCGACGAGGGCAGGACGCUCUCCGUCCUACCCAGCCGGACUGACCUUUCUUCGCCUGCUGAGACGAGCACGUUCCUGGGGCGACGGCAACGGUUCCUCGACGGGGCGGCGACGGUACGCGUCGAUUUCGCGGGAAAGGCGGGAGCUCAGAGGCAAGUGAGGGCGGGCCUGGCGCUGUAUAAAGAUCCCAUCCGGUUCGCGGCAGUGGCCUUCGACUUUGCCAGCAACGGACUGGUAUACGAGGUGCGGAAUUCGUCCACCGGGUUACGGGGCACAGUCACCCGCGCGAUCCCCGACGAGCUCAAAGGGCUGGAACUCCGGAUCAAGGCCGCGCCUCUACGGUACAGCUUCGAGGCCAGGUUGGAGAUGAAGGAACCCAGGACGGGGAGCGAGGCGGGGUGGAUAGAGGUGGGAUCCAUGGAGGCCAAGGCGUUGGAUUCUCGAGACUUCACGGGCCCGAUUCUGGGGGUGUUUGCGCACGCGAGCGAUGAGGAAGGGGAGGGCGUUGAGGUGACCUUUCGGGAUUUCGAGUUGCGAGCGCGGGAGCAUUUGGACGAUUAG